CCCCAGGGGUGAUUUCCGACCUCGCCGCCCAGUCUGCGAUGUAUGGGAUGGAUCCCCGCCUCACCAGCAUCGAUGCAGUCGAUCCGUCUCACCCGCUUCUCUCCUCUCCGAGCGCGGCUUCGGCGUCUACCAACGCUUCGCACGCUUCGUCCCCCGCUUUGACGGGCGUCACCCCAUCAUAUUCCGCCGGAUCAUCUUCUCUCGCGUCCGCCCUUGACGGUAUGGGUGUCUCGCGCAGUCGCUCGGGCUCAUCUGCUUCGCCCGCACAUUUGACCAGUUCAGGGUCAGAUUUUGGCUUCCCGUCCAGUGGGAGCGGCCCCCCAACCACGGCCCACGACUCGGGCUUCCAAUUCCCACCGCCUGGUUUCGAGAACCCGUUGCAGGCGGCGAGCGAUGACAACAUGCAGGAAGUCCCCGGCGGCGCCCAUCUUCUCGUUCUUGGUGACAUGCUGAAAAACAUUGCGCGGACUGCGAGUACAGGCAGUGAAGCUUGCCAUAUGGGCCAGAGUGGGGAUGCGCGGGAUAUUGUGAGCGUGCUGAAGAAAAACGUCUUGCUUGUAGCGGAGCUCGUGGCUGCCAUGCAACUCGACGACGGAUCCCUCAGUUUCGCGACACACCUCUCUUCCAAUCCGGGUUCUUCCACUGCUAGCGUCAACGGGUCGUCUGUGCAGGUAUCUGCGGCGUCAAGUAUGAGCGUCGAGGCUGCACCCCCGCCGCUGCAGCACCCAUCACCGACGCACCAGUCAAGCCUCAGCAGCCUCACUUCCAACGGCUCGGUAGACUCUUCCUAUUCAGACGGGUCGGAGGUGUCUCGCAAACGGUGUGCGUCGUCUGUCGCUGGCGAUCGUGUUAUCAAGUCGAUGAAGCUGGAGUCCCCGGAAGAUAGCCCGCCUGCGCUCCAGGUUGCCCCACCGGCGGUGGCCUCUUCGUCUAUGCUUCCUCCUACCAACUUUUCCUACGCCUACCCGAUAUCAUCGGCGACGCCUUCUUUGCCCACUGUGGCUGAGUUGGCAUCAGUACCCGCGCCCUUACCUUCCGUGCUCUCCAAUUCCCGCCCGCCAAGCUCUGCCGGAAUUGCGGCGCAUCUAUCAUUGGGAAUGCUUCCCGAUCCUUCCCAGCAUGUCGCACCUCCCAUGCGUCCGGCCCUCCACCAACCCUCAGUCCUCGAACCCGUGGCGUCAAUGUCACAUCCCGCCGACUUCGGCUCCCCGGCGUCUGUGUCAAGUGCAGGAUCGACUGUCAUCGCCAGCUAUCCAUCGUGGUCAGACGGACGUACUGCGGUCCCGCGUCAGCAGCAUCACCAUUCCCUGUCCACCGGAUCCAUCCUCACGACUGCGUCGAUGGUGUCUAACCCUAUGCCAAUCCCCGGCCCCUCCUCCAUGCCUUAUACGACAUCCAUGUAUUCUCCGACGCGGAGCACGCACCUCCAGCAGCCCCCGCUGAAUGUGGCUUCGGCGACGCUCGGUCGCGCGUCGCGAUCGCAGUCUAUAUCGCAGAUGCACGGGAACCCGUUUGCGUAUGUUCCGGACGGUGUGUCCCACCCCACCAUGUAUGAGUCGACGCAGUCGCGACCGUCAACGGCAGGGGCGGGAGCGGCAGCGGGACGGUACAGCCGGCCGUCGUCGCCAGAGUAUGACAAUGAUGAGGACUCGGACGACGAGGAGCAGGGGAACCACUACUCGCCCGGGGGGGAUCCCGCUGGAGGCGAGGGUAGAUCUAGUGCCGAGGGCACCAUGAACGGCAGCUCGCGCGGCCAUGCCGGACAACGGCGCAUGAGCCGCACCUCGCCUGCGAACGAGGGUGGCGGCCCCUCAGGCCACGGAAACGAGGUGCCGCAGGAAUACCGGUCCGAAGUCGAGCGCAUUUUCUUUGAGUUCUUGAAUACUAUCUGUUCCAAUCUGGAUGCCACGGACUCGAAGGGCGAGCCGAUCCACCAGACGCUCAUGGCGAAGAAGAUGCAGCGGCUGGACGAGUCGCCCGACUUCCGCCCAUUCAAGUUCCGCAUCCAGGCGUUCACCAACGCGUUCUUGGAAGAGCUCGCGCGACAGGGUUACCCCGAAGAAAAGAUACCAAUGAAGAAGAUCCGGAACUUCCUCUGGAACCAGCCGUACAUCUCGCGCUUCAACGAGGAGGGCAAGAAGUCCAAGUCAAAAGGCAAUCACAUCUGGCACGUCGACGCGAAAAAGCAGGGUGACGGCAACAACUGGGCCUUCCGCCCAUUCAGGCGGAAGCUCGCAGGCACGCCGCCCGGCGUCGCGUACGUCGGCCUGCGCUGGACGUGGACGCCGCGCAUCUGGGACCCACAGGCGUCGCGCGCGAACAUGCCCGUCACAUACUCCUCGCCCGCGCUCCCUGCGUGGCUGUCGUGGAAGGAGGAGUCGCUGACCGGGAUCCCUCCGCCGGAGGCGCAGAGCUGCGAUGUCACGGUCGAAGCGAGGUUCAUGCAGGACGGCAAGGAAGAGGUGCUCACGCACACGGUGCACAUCACCAUCGCGCCGAUGGCGGCGGUCGACUCCUCGUUCACGCCCUCGCGGCGACCCUCGCUCGUAGGCGACAUCCACAACCCGAGGCGGAUCAUGAGCGAUUCUGUCGUGUCUAGCGUCGCACAGCCGAACGCUGCUCCACGGCUCAUCAGGCAUCCGCCCUCGCUCUCCGCCCCGCCGCAACCCGUCGUCGCUCCCGAGUCGCAGGUCGUCCAGGUACUCACCACUGCCGCGCAGCGCGUUGCACAGGAGGCCCAGUCGCAGGUCGUCGCGUCCCCCAACGAGGCUGGCCCGGAGCUGCAGGCCCUGGCCAAGCAGCAGCACGUUCUCACUGUCACCGCUCAAGCUAUCAGCUCCAAGAUGGCCGGGGAGGUGCCGGAGAACGCGGUCGCUCAGUCGAACGCGCUCACUGCUGCCGCUCAGCAAGUCGUCCUCCAGGCCGCGCGCCAGGUCGUCGCCGAUCGCACCGUCGCCGCCGUGUCGUCGGGGCUGCCUGCGUCUGCUGGUAACUCCCCACAGGUGACGGUAAAGGAGGUAUCGGUUGCGACGCAGUCGGCGGUCGCGCAGGCCGUGGGCAUGGUCGGUCCGCUGUCGAGCGAGGUCGACGUCCUGAUGACCGCUAAGUCGCUGCUCCAGCAGCAGACACGCGGCCCGUCCGGACUCUCCUCCCACGACCCGCGACCACACUCAACUGGCAACUCGCCCCCAGGUCCCUUCGACCUCCCGCCGCCCGUAGCAGUGACCCCGUCGGGCGCGGUGUACUUCCCCCCUUCAUAAUACCGGCUCGCCCCCGGUACGGACGCCCCUUUGAUUGUGUGUGCUGCGCUCCCUGUCUGCGCGCGCAUGUGUAUGUGUACGGUAUAUUUUUAUGUGCUGGUGAUAUUGGGUCUGCCGUGUCGUCGUCGUCCCCCGCCCGGUCCCGCUCUCGCGUGCGUAUUGUAGACGCGCAUGUGUUCGUAUCGCCGCAUUAUUGUGUUGUUGUUUUGCUUCGCCUUCGUUCGUUCGUGCUCCCUCCCCGCCCCUCCCGUCCGUCCGUCGCUGGUGCUGGGUGCUGGUGCCGGGCCUGGUUGUGCUUUGUGCUGCGACUCCCCCUUCGACUCCCCCGCUCCCAAGCAUGUGUCUCCGUAGUCCUAUUUAGAUAGAAGGUGAAGGUCGCUCUCGCUGCUCUGCCCAUGUAUGUCCUACCACAUCCCUUGCCGCCGCCCCGACCCUCCUCCCCACCUCGCCCCCGCUCCCAUUCCUGCACCUCCUCCCCUUCGUUCCCCGCCCCGUGCUCGCGCCGCCGCUCUUGCUGCAUAUUCCUCCUCGUCCAUCCCCCCACCGCUCGCGUGCAUACAGCCCUGCAGGGCCCCGGAGUCGCCCACAUGUGUACAGAUGUUCCGCCAUACAUCCCAUUGUAUAUUUGCCACGGUUUGGACUUCCUGAAAAUUAAAAGCAUCGUCGUACCC